AUGAAUCAAAAAUCAAAAAAAGUGCAUGCUGAUCCUUAGAUAGAACUAAAAUCUUAGAAUCGUUAAAGUUAAAUUCGAAUAGAUACUUAUGGUAAGCAAAUUUUGAAAGGAUAAAAAAAUCAUAAAAUUGCAUUCAAGGAGCAUAUUAAAACAAUUCACAUCGUAGAGAAUUGGAAAUUGUACAAUCUUGAUCAUGUGGAUAAAGAAGAUGAUUCUUGCGCAUGUUAACUAGUUUGA